CGAGAGUCGAGUCCAAACUAACUUCAACCCCCCCUUUGGUCCCAUCUCCUCCGCCCCGGCCGCUGCCAAUUGUCCGUCCAACCGUUCAGAAGGAACCUACUAGCCGACCAUUCUCGCCAACCGUUCCUGCCAGCCCCUUCGACCUCCAUCCGCUGUCCACAACCGCAUCGUCACACUGCCCGUCGUCUUGUGUUUUUUUGGUGGAAUACCCAAAUAAAAAACAACAACCGCAGUUACCCACUUGACUUAUAGCCCCUGAAAAACGAGAAAAUUCGUCAACCGGUCCAGUCGACAGACUACCUCUAGCUUUCCCGCCUCCGCCUCCCAGUGCAGCCCUACACGAGUUACCGUUGUCACCGUUUCCCAACGCCAACACACCCAACCCUCAAAAUCGCAACCAUGUUCGCCGCCACCAGAGUCCUCCGCCAGGCUGCCGCUCAUGCUGAGCGUGUUCCUUCCAUCAAGUUCAUCGGUCGCAGAACCAUUCCCGCUUCCGUCGACCACACUCCCAAGCCUCACCCUGCCUCUCCCACCCACUCGCUCCCGGCCAACUGGGGCUCUUCUCCCUCCUUCAGCGCCUACCGCCAACACGCCCAGCAGCACGGCCCUCUUCGCAAGACCAUCCGCCCUGAGGUCGACGGCAUUGGUGGUUCUCCCGGUGCCGCUCUCGGCUCCGUCAACCCUCCCCAGGGUCUUUACUUUGACCGCAACGACCUCCCCGCCCGCUUCCGUCGCCAGCCUCUCACCGAGGCCGAGAUUGAGGCUAUUGAGUCCGGCUGUGGCUUUGCUUAAACGGGAGAGAAAAACAACAUGGACUAGACAGUUCGUUUACCAAAAUCGAUAUCGAGUCCGAAACGACCGACACAACGCAGCGAUCCUUUGAGAAUUGCCAAUUCCGCCCCAUUGACCUAAGAAUGGGCCUACACUUGAGAUUCCCCAUCAUCUAAAGCUAUCUAUCCCUAUUGCCCUCUCACACACACAUGACACACACACAGCGUAUGAUCGCCCAUGCUUCACGCGAUUUUGAACCGAGCAAAGUUUGCAUAUCAGAUUAUCUAUGGACGGCACUGCCCUGGCGUUUAAAAAACAAACAAAAAGCUCACCAGGGUUUGGCUUUAGAACUACACGUUGCGGCUUUGGUUUGCAUGGCACGGUGUUAAACGGAUCGGUGGGGGAGAACGUCGUCCAAAGGAGGCCGGGCCUUGUCCGGACAUCCGGGCUUGAGUGACCGGGGAACGGAUGCAGGUCUUGUGUAUAUAGUCAGUGCAACGGGCUACUCCCAAAGCCGGGCGAAAUCCCCGCGUUGGUUGUCAGCCCGCGAGCCCAGAAUAACAUAUUAACACUAUGAACACCAACCGCUGCUCG